UGUGUUUUAACCAGGAGGUUUGAACCACGUUUGAACGAACAUUGGUUUGAACUACAGACAGUUUGAACGGCUACAUUCCUGUCUGCUUGUACGGAUAUCUGGAUACGACUCCGUUUCGUUUUGAGUGUUCCGCUUCCGGCGCUUUCGGUUCUCUGCAUCAUCGAGCGAACAGUUCUGCGGCUGCUUGGGCUUUGGUUGUGUCUUAAGUUGAUGCAGUUGAAACCUCAUAAACACAAUGGAGAUAGACAACUACUGUUUUCAGCAAUCCGGGGAUUCGCCCGAUCUGGAGUUUGUUUAUGAUGACGCCGACACUCACGAGAAUGAGAUCGCAGAGCUCUACACGUACACGGAAGAAGCCGAAUUUUUUCUCAACAUGAAAGCGUUUGAGGAUACUAUGACGGAAUAUGGAUUUGAACCAAAAUGGUACACACUAGACGAAACAACUCGACAAGAUGUUGCACUGCGGCUGAUGGAUGGCGUUGAUGUCAGCCCCCGUACCGCACGGAUGCAGGCCGUACGUGCCGUUCUCUACGUCAUGCAAGGGGCCUUUGGGGAGUGCACAACGCUUGAGGAACAGCCACAGAGGGCACGACAAAACGUUUUUCUUCUAUAUCGUUAUGGCUUCUUCCAUGUCUUUCUGCAGCUGCUAAACAUGGAAAUCGAGAACAGCUCCGCUGCCACGUCCGCCCUAAGGAAGCCAGCCGUGUCAUUGGGCGACAGUACAGACCUGAGAGCAAUCCUGAAUGCCCUGUACAUAUUCGUAGAAGUGAUGCGCGUCUCCUCAGAGACUGACACUGACGACAUGAAACGAGAUCGCGCGAAUUUUGCCAAUGAACUGGCCCAACCGAUUCUGGGUGAAGAGCUGCUGGCCAUCACUCUGUUCCAGAUGAUCAUAAAGUUCUGUAGCGGUGCUACCCCUCACUUCCCGAUCAAGAAAGUUCUACUGUUGCUCUGGAAAACCAUUCUGGUUUCUCUAGGUGGGACGCCGCAGCUGCGGGCAAUGAAGGCCCAGUAUCGGGCAGCUCACCAGCUGCCCCCCGCGCCCGAGGACACGGUGGAAGUGGCGCGUACCAUGCGUGCCUCUUCGCCUCCAACCUCGGCUGCCGACCUCAUUGAAGCCCAGCAGCAGCGAAAGACCAGCCGGCCUUUCAAGCGGCAGCAAAGCCUGGUGAAGCAGAGCAGCAUGGAUGACUUUCAAGACCUGGAGGGGGACUCGGGCGCCGAUGAGGAACUCAGAGAUAUGGAGGAGCGACAGUUGAUACCCAUGGACACCCCAGCCCCUGGUUUGCCAGAGGACCCUGAAGCGGCGGCGGCUGCCCUGCGACCAUCGACCCCGGCACCGGGAUCCACAGAAGGCCAAGGAGGGGAAGUGCCGUCCCAGCAGCCGACAGGCUCCUCCACGAACGAACAGCCACAGCAGGUCGAGGAGACCGGUGGCUUUCCCUCAGUGCUCUCGCAGGCCAGUGCGGCUCUGGGGCUGCCCUGGGUGCCCAAGGUGCGACCCAAGGACAUUAAGGAGUUUCUGGAUGCGACGCGGCUCAAGUUUGUUGGCUACCAACUGCCCGAUGACCAGACCUCCCUGGCGGGCCUGCCGGAGCCUAUCCACGAAGGACUGCGGGUGCUCAAACAGCACAUGUACACGUCACUGGCCGAGGUUCAGAUGAAGAAGGAAGAGGACAUCGCAAAGCAUCCCCUGUCGAUGAAGGAGCAGGAAAUACCAGCUACUCCAACUGAAAUUCUGUACCAAGCCAUGCUACCUAGCAUGCCGCAGUACAUGAUUGCGCUGCUGAAGAUCCUUCUCGCCGCCGCACCGACAUCCAAGGCCAAGACAGAAUCUGUGAACAUCAUGUCUGACGUGCUGCCCGAAGAAAUGCCCGUCACUGUUCUGCAGUCGAUGAAGCUGGGCAUAGAUGUGAACCGACACAAGGAGAUCAUCAUCAAGGCCAUCUCGGCCAUCCUGCUGCUCCUGUUCAAGCACCUCAAGAUCAACCAUGUGCUCCAGUUUGAGUACAUGGGCCAGCAGCUCAUGUUUGCCAACUGCAUUCCCCUGGUGCUGAAAUUCUUCAACCAGAACAUCAACUCCUACAUUGCGGCAAAGAACACGGUAUCCGUGAUCGACUUUGCAGCAUGUGUAAUCGGGGAACAGCCAGAGUUGACAGCAGAGACACUGGAGAUCGGUGAGCAGCAGCCAUACUGCUGGCGCAACAUGUUCUCCUGCAUCAACCUCCUGCGAGUGCUCAACAAGUUGACCAAGUGGAAGCACUCGCGAAUCAUGAUGCUGGUGGUGUUCAAGUCGGCGCCCAUCCUGAAGCGGGCGCUGAAGGUGCGCCAUGCGACCCUGCAGCUGUACGUGCUCAAGCUGCUCAAGAUGCAGACCAAGUACCUGGGUCGCCAGUGGCGCAAGUCCAACAUGAAGACCAUGUCUGCCAUCUACCAGAAGGUCAGGCACCGCCUAAACGACGACUGGGCUUAUGGAAAUGACCUCGACGCGCGCCCAUGGGACUUCCAAGCCGAGGAGUUUUCGCUCCAGGCCAACAUCAACAACUUCCACACCCGCCGCUAUGACAAGCCCUCUUCUGCCUCCCACCAGCAGCAACAGCAGCAACAACAGGACCUCAUCGGCGACUUCCAGCCUGUGGACAACAGCUUCCUCUCGGUGCUCGGGCGGGAGGUCGAGCUGAGCCCCGAGUUCAAGCUCCACUACCAGCAGUGGCUGCAAGGGGAUGUGUUCCGCACCAACGUCGACUGGGACCUGCUGCUGUGCCCAGGAUACCUGUGAACGUGCUUGCUUUUUAGCAUCGUCCACUUUCCUUUUCCUUUACACUCAUCAUCGUGAUACUUUGAUUAGUCAUUCUGCUCAACCCAAGCAUCACUCAUUGGCUUUUUACUUGUCUUGCAGUGAAGCAAAACGUGCAGGUGUAUUGUUUUUAGUAUUUUAGUCUCUGGCAUUGUUUCCAUUGGACAUUCUGUGCAUCUCACCAAAAGCGUCCAGUGAAAGUUAAACAAGCUGAAACAAACACAGCCCCUUGUGGCAUGUAAACCCAUGUGUCACGUGCAAGAGUUCUCUGGCCUACACAUGUGGGUAUUGUAGGCAGUUGGAGCAUAAGCUUCAUCAGUACCGUUCAUCGUACUGUGUGCACAACAGACAUACUAGAAAAACAGUGAGAUUGGUACUUGUGUGCAGCCAUCUUUAUCUCUAGUCCAAAGAGAAUAUAGGAGAAGCGCUGUAAUGGUGGGUAUUGUUGGGCAGUUCUCAACCCCCCCCCCUCACCACACUCACACGCUUUUGGUAUUGGCUAGGGCACGUUGGCAAGACAGCUGGUUUGGAUUCAUAAUAGACACGGAGCAGUGCAAUACGACAGAGACCAAGAAUAAGAAAGACACAUAAACAUAGCUAACUUUCAACAACAUUUGAUUUGAUUGCACAUGUUAUUAUUCUUGGUCCCGGUCGUAUUGCGCUGCUCCGCAUCUAUUAUGGACAAUUGGUAUACUCUGCAUUGCACAAGGUUCAUUCUGGCUUGCUAUGGUUUUGUCCUGCUGUAAAGGCAAGCUGUAACAAAAUUUUAUUUUGGCUAAAUAUAUCGGUUACACGUGAGUA